AUUUAAUAUAAAUGAGCUGGUUUGAGAAACUUUCAAAUAAAAUAUUUUGUGGCUGUUCACCUUGCCAAGUUGAAGAAGAGCAGAUAGGUACUAUGGAUACUGAGUUGUUGGAGGAAAACAAAAAAGGAGCUAUGAGUAGUAAUGAGAAAGUCGAUGAUCAUAGAGUUAGCCUAUUCGUUAAGGACAUGGGUGGCUCCUUCGAUUUCGACCUGAACAGACCUGAGGCUGAUAAAACAAUAACCUCCUCAAGCGUAAUGAACAAAAUACUCAAGAAUGCCUCCGAAGAAGUAAAAAGAAUUUAUAAAUAAAUACGGUCAGUACAAGUACUCUAUCUAUGACUGGUAUAACCUGGGUCUUGACAAGGAUGACUUGGUUGAAGAACAAGAUUUCAGCAGCUACUGUGGUGAAGUCAGGAAGGGCACUCAGGUCAGAGAGGGGAAAGGAGUUUCCCUCGGCUCCCAAGGCGACCUUUAUGAAGGAUUCUUCAAGCACGGAAGACAGUACGGUAAGGGAAGAAUGAUCUUCCAUAACAACACCUUGUACCAAGGAGACUUCAAGAAUGGAAUCGCGCACGGAUUCGGCAUCUUCAUCGACUGAGAAUCUGGCGGAAUGAGAAAAGCCGAGUUUAAACAAGGGAAGAUUCAUGGAGAAGGAAUUGAAAAAUGGGCUGACGGAACAACCUUUAAAGGCUUCUAUAGGAAAGGAAAGAAGUCAGGAUUUGGGGUUUUCAGAUGGGCUGAUGGUAGUAGCUAUGAAGGAGACCUUCAGAAGGAUGAACUUAAUGGCCUAGGGACUCUGAAGAUGCCUGAUGGUAGGAAGUAUGAAGGGCAUUUUGAGAAUAGCAAUAUGCAUGGAGAGGGAACCUUCUAUUGGCCGGAUGGGAAGAGAUAUGUUGGAUCUUAUAGGAAUGGACAGAAGCAUGGUAGAGGGAAAAUGAUGUUCCCCGAUGGACAAGAAUACUAUGGUGAAUGGGUCGAUGGAGAUGUUACUGGAGAUACAUUUAUUACAGAUGAGAAUGGAAAGAAGACUAAACAGUAUGUUGAAAAAGGUGAAGUAAUCAAGAACCUCACCAAUUUAUUUUAAGUUAUACAUAAUUGUGUCUUGACUCUCUCAUUACCCUGAAUGCUUUGAUAAAAUAUAUU